UACGGCUCCUUUCACAUCUCGCGAUGCGCGGCGAAGGCUCGAAUGCUCUUCAGCAAAUCUUGCCGAAUUCGGGAGUGAAUGUUGGGAAUCCUCGACGCUUGACGCCCCCGAUCACGACUUCAGUGGACGAAAACAGCAUUCGUGCCAUCUUCGCGUCCGGUUGGAGUCGUCUGGUGCACGUGGAAGCUUCUCGGCCUAGCCUAGCCUAGCCUAGCCUAGCCUAGCUUGCUAACAAAGAGACGCGUUUGAGAUCAAGCGGGAGGUCCGAUUAUCACUUGCUUUAGUUCCUCAUCCCUCCGACGUCGAGCGGAAAAGCGCCGCGAUCGGCCGUGUGAAAAUGCGUGCGAGGAGGACAGCGGAGCACGAGGAGGAACUUCGGGGCCCGAAAGAGGAGAAGGAGCCACGAGGUCAACGACCGGACGCCGCGUUCGAUCUGCGGCCUCCGACUGUGCCACGCGGCGCAGACAUCACUGAAGAGCUUCGCGCUGAGCGGCGGGAGCCAGAGCCCCCUCACAUUAAAGAGGAAGUGGAGGACAAAGAGGUCCACCACAUCAAAGAAGAGGAGCAGCCCAUGUUUAUAAAAAAAGAGGAGGAAGAAGCGUGUCCCCACAUCAAACAGGAAGAGGAGGAGGAGGAUAUCACCAAGUUUCCAUCGACUGGUGUCCCUUCGAAGAGUGCAGAUGAAGGUCAAAGUGAGGAGAGCAAAGGAGCGGAGCCUCCAAGCAGCAGCUCAAGUCAACACAUGACAACAGAAGGUGACGGAGACCACUGUGGAGGAUCACAAGCAGACGGCCUCUUAGCGCCACUGUCAGAUUGUGUCGACAUGACGUCACACUCUCCUCGCACUGAUGAUGAUGAUGAUGAUGAUGGACAGUCGGAAGAUGUCAUGACAUGUCACGCUGACAACAAACGAUGGAAAUGUUCUCAGUGUGGGAAAACAUUUGCUAACAAGAGCAUUUUGAAACAACACGUGAGAACACACACUGGAGAAAAACCUUUUGCUUGCUCAGUUUGUGGUCAAAGAUUCACUUGGGAGGGAAACUUGAAAAGACACACAAGGACCCACACGGGUGAGAAACCUUUUUCCUGCUCAGUUUGUGGGCACAGAUUCUCUGUGAAGGAAAGCUUAAAAUUACACACAAGAACCCACACGGGUGAGAAACCUUUUUCCUGCACAGUUUGUGGUCAACGAUUCUCUGGUAAGAAAAACCUAACAACACACACAAGAACCCACACUGGUGAGAAACCUUUUUUCUGCACAGAUUGUGGCCAAAGAUUCUCUAUGAAGGAACACUUGAAAAGACACACAAGAACCCACACAGGCGAGAAACCUUUUUCCUGCACAGUUUGUGGUAAAACAUUUACUCAGAAGACGGAUUUAAAAAGACACACAAGAACCCACACUGGUGAGAAACCUUUUGCCUGCUCAGUUUGUGGUCAAAAGUUCUCUGAAAAGGGAAAGUUGAAAAUACACACAAGAACCCACACGGGUGAGAAACCUUUUUCCUGCAGAGUUUGCGGUAAAACAUUCAUUCAGAAUACAGAUUUAAAAAGACACACAAGAACGCACACCGGCGAGAAACCUUUUGCCUGCUCAUUUUGCGGUCAACGAUUCUCUGGUAAGAAAAACUUAACAAUGCACACAAGAACCCACACUGGCGAGAAACCUUUUUCCUGCACAGUUUGUGGUAAAACAUUCAUUCAGCAGACAAAUUUAAAAAGACACACAAGAACGCACACCGGUGAGAAACCUUUUUCCUGCACAGUUUGUGGUCAACGAUUCUCUGGUAAGAACAACUUAACAAUGCACACAAGAACCCACACUGGUGAGAAACCUUUUUCCUGCAGAGUUUGUGACAAAACAUUCACUCAGAAGACAAAUUUACAAAGACACAAGAACGCACACUGUUGAGAAACCGUUUUCCUGCUCAGGAUUCUCUGAGAUGAUCGGGUUAAGACGCAAGCGUGCUGGUGAGAAUCGCAGUGAUCAAGAAAACGUAAUUACUACGCUACUGACCGACAAAAAUCUAAUCUGUCUUCUGUGUCCCAGCUUUUGUUUUGUUCUGAAAGUGUCCCGUGUGCAAAUGUUGAGAAUUAGCACUGUUCCCAAAACACUUUAAAGGGACGAGUUAAUGGCGUGAACAUCGGCGCUUAUUCCGUUGUUCUAGAAAGUUGGGGGGGCUUGUUUCAAACAAAUGGACGGUGAAGCGUCUCCUUGAGGAAAGACGGGCACGUCAUCCCCCAAAAAGUAAUUCUUGCAGAUUUAUUUCCUCAAUUCCCCCGAACAGCUACGAUACAUCAAAUGUGAGUGAUUACUGCCACUUCACAGUAUAGCACAUUGCUUUUCCCACACCAGCAAUGCCGUGCUCUUUAAUUUUCGAUUUUGCCGAUGAAAACGGCGUUCGAAAUGGACUUACUUAGUGUUUUGUUUUUGUUUUUUUAAUACCAAUCGCCACAAAACGUUUUGAUAUUAUUGGAAAUGACUGCCAGUUCAAUUUUCUUCAACAAAAAAAAUACAUCAAAUGAACUUGUUUGUGAAAUAUGGGCCAUUAAGACCCAUACUUCCUUCAAGCAAUGCAUGCAUUCUGACCAAUGUUUUCGUGAUGUCAAUAUCAAAUAAGUGAACGAUUAAUUGAAAUAAGACUGUAAAGAAACUUUGGACUUUUGGUGGUAAACUUUAAAGUGUAUUUGUCGUCGUCUUUUCCUUUGGGCUUGUCCCGUUAGGGGUCGCCGCAGCGCGUCAUCCUUUUCCAUGUAAGCCUAUCUCAAGCAUUCUCCUCUCCAACACCAACUGCCCUCAUGUCUUCGCUCACGACAUCCAUCGACCUUCUCUUUGGUCUUCCUCGAGCUCUCUUGCCUGGCAGCUCCAUCCUCCUCAUCCUUCUACCAACAUACUCACUAGUUCUCUUCUGGACGUGUCCAAACCAUCCAAGUCUGCUCUCUCUAACUUUGUCUCCAAAACAUCGAACCUCGGCUGUCCCUCUGAUGAGCUCGUUUCUAAUUUGAUCCAACCCGGUCACUCCGAGAGCGAACCUCGACACCUUCAUUUGAUCUGCUUCCUGUUGUCUCUUCAGUGCCACUGUCUCUAAUCCGUCCAUCAUGGCCGGCCUCACCGCUGUCCUCUAAACUUUGCCCUUCAUCCUAGCAGAAACUCUUCUGUCACAUAACACACCUGACACCUUCCUCCACCCGUUUCUUUACUUCCUGACCACGCUCACCAUUGCUCUGGACGGUUGACCCCAAGUAUUUAAAGUCCUCCGCCCUUGCUAUCUCUUCCCCCACCACCCCUCUCAUUCAUGCACAUAUAUUAUCUUGUAUUUUGGCUAAUCUUCAUUCCUCUCCUUUCCAGUGCAUGCCUCCAUCUUUCUGACUGUUCCUCCAGCUGCUCCCUGCUUUCACUGCAGGUCACAAUGUCAUCUGCAAACAUCACGGUCCACGGGGAUUCCAGUCUAACCUCAUCUGUCAGCCUAUCCAUCACCACUGCAAAAAGGAAGGGGCUCAGGGCUGAUCCCUGAUGCAGUCCCACCUCCACCUUAAAUUCCUCUGUCACACCUACAGCACACCUCACCGCUGUUCUGCUGCCCUCGUACACGUCCUGUAUUAUGCUAACAUACUUCUCUGCCACUCCAGACUUCUGCAUGCAGUACCACAGUUCCUCUCUAGGUACUCUAUUGUAGGCUUUCGCUAGAUCCACAAAGACAUAAUGUAGUUUCUUCUAACCUUCUCUGUACUUUUCCAUCAACAUCCUCAAGGCAAAUAAUGCAUCUGUGGUACUCUUGUUGCUCGCAAAUACUCACUUCUGCCCUGAGUCUAGCCUCCACGACUCUUUCCCAUAACUUCAUUCUGUGGCUCAUCAACAUUAUUCCUCUAUAGUUCCCACAACUCUGCACAUCACCAUUCUUCUUGAAAUAAGGCACCAGCAAGCACACUUUUCCUCCAUUAUUCUUCACUUGCCUCUUCUGUCACAUUUCCAUCUCUAUCCUUAAUCCGCCUAACCUGCUGCACUUCCUUCCCAUCUCUAUCCCUCCGUCUGGCCAGCCUGUAGAGAUCCUUUUCUCCUUCUUUAGUGUCCAACCUGCCAUACAUGUCCUCAUAUGCCUCUUCUUUGGUCUUUGCCCUACGUCGCAGCUCAAUGUAUUCCUUUCUCCUCUCCUUGGUCUUCUCAGUGUCCCACUUCUUCUUAGCUGAUACUCCUUUCACCUCCAAGACAUUCUUAGCUAAUGCUUCCUUUAAAAUAAACCUUACUCCAUUUUGCUUCCCCAUCUACACCAUGGUCAAAUAAUUUCAACCCUGCCCCUCAACUUCUCGCCUUACUGCCUUUCCACAUGGUCUCCUGGACACACAAUAUAUCAGCCUUUCUCCUAAUCAUCAUGUCAACCAACUCCUGAGAUUUUCCUGUCAUAGUCCCAACAUUCAAAGUCCCCACAUUCAGUUCUAGGCUCUGUGCUUUCCACUUCUCUUUCUGCCGAAGAGCCCGCUUUCCACCUCUUCGACUUCGACCCACAGUAGCUGAAUUUCCACCGGCGCCCUGCAGGUUGACGGCGCCGGUGGCGGACGUUGUAAUCCCGGGCCACGACCGAUCCGGUAUGGAAUUCUUUGAGUGAACGCUCAUAUUUGUUUGGCAAAGUUUGAAGCCGGAUGCCCUUCCUGACGCAACCCUCUGCAUUUAUCCGGGCUUGGGACCGGCCUACAGUUUGCACUGACUUGUGCGCCCCAUAGGACUGUAUUGUAAAGUGUAUUUGUGAUUCUUAAUAAAAAUACACUUCUUAAAACAUUGAGGGUGACUCAACUUGCUUGCUUAUGAAAGCCAUUCCCCCCCCUCCCCAUUAAAAAGUGAUAAUGCCGUAAUGUCAAAUGCAAAAUGCAGCAUCGAACACUACUUCAACAAACAAAACAAAAAAACAUUACUCACACUAGUUAAUCACCAAUCCUAAAA